AUGGCGCGCAUAGUAGUGGCUGGAGGAGCAUUGCUCUACAUCCUUAGUAUAGCGGUAGAGACCAGUGCUCUCAUUCUUCUACCGCACGACGUUCGCCCUGGACACGCCGUUCGCCAUUUCACUGGAAACCACACUCGCUACACCCUUCUCGACCCUGAAUUCACGUCAUAUUUCACCCUUUUGGAUGAUGGCCUACUUAUGACUACAGCUGAUCUCACACCACUCUUGAAUCAACCAUUAAACCUAGCCAUCUUGGAAAGAACACCGUAUAGCAGUUCAGCACAUUCAUUACACCUGUUGGUUAUGGAUCGUAGAAAAAUGCUCAGUUUUACCACAAUCAAUGGCCUUCGUGGAGAGAUUCCAGAAAAUUCACCCGAAGGCACAGUGGUAGACAUACCACCUAUAAGAGCCACUGCCCUCGUUAAUAUUGGCCGUAUUGCUUACAAAAUCAUUCAGGGAAACGAUGAUUCUACCUUCGCUCUGCGAGAAAAAGAUACAGGGCCAAACUAUGACCUUAAAUCAGUCGUUACUGAAGGUGACGUCGAAAUAGUGGCGUUGCGACCUCUUGACGCUGAAACUAAAAAUUUGUAUGAUUUUAUAAUUCAGGCAACCGAUUUACAUGGAGUGAGUAAAGCUAGUUUGCCAAUUACGGUUAGCGUAUUGAAUGAAAACGACCAUGAGCCGGUAUUCGAUCAAGAAAUGUAUUAUUUCGCUGUUAAUGGGACCAUUGAAAAGAACAUAAACAAUGGUACAGCACAUUGGCCAAGAUUUUCUAACAUUGGUAUUGUUCACGCCUCUGAUUCUGAUGGUGAUCGUGUCUACUAUUCAAUAAAAACUCCGACUAAUUUAGCUGUCAUUGUGCCACAAACUGGAGAGUUAAUACUCGCAGGAGAACCAGAUGGUUAUGAUGCUGAAUUGUUAGUAAUAGCCCAUGAUGUUGGAACGCCUUCUAAAAAGAGUAAACCGGCUCAAGUAUUUCUGGAAUUUGUGGUUCGGGAAGAAAGAGAAUUACCAACUCUUCACCGAGAGAAGCGGCGUGUGACACGCGCUGUUCGGCCCACAAAAAGGAUAGAAUUCACUGAAGCUGACGGUGAAGUAGAAGGGCGUGCAGUCUUCACUUUGGAAAAGGAAACCGACCGCGAAACCUUCAAAAUCCGAGAUGAAAAUCCGUGGGUUACAGUGGAACCGAGUGGUGUUGUGAAAGUUAAAAAGAAGUGGGACUUUGAAGAGCUUGGACCUGAGAAAACUAUCGACUUCUGGGUGACUAUCACGAAUGCCGGAAAUGGAGACGAUUGGCUUAACCCCCAAGGAACUAUUGUAAGUGCCGAGGAGUCGUGUAAUCAUGGUUUUUGCAUACACACCACUUCAUACCGUAUUGUUCUGCUUGCUGUGGUUGUUCAAGAGCUCUCUGCGACCCUGAUUGGCAUUCACUAUACGUCAAUUCACCCUUCUGAACCAUUACUAAGCAUUUUUCACUUUGGUCACAAACUCCGAGAAGAAAAUCAAUGA